GCGGGCUCGGCACCGCCCAGAAGCAACCCACUGGCAGAGCGGUAUUCACAACCUGGAAGAAUACGAAGGUUCUGGUAGUGAUAUACGGCUUCUUCGAUGGAAUGAGUGCGAGAGGAGCAGAUAUGGGUGCUCAAUGCUUGUGGGUCCCAGCCGCAGACCCUCGAAGACUGAUAAGAUAAGGUAUAUCGCACAUGGUUCGGCGGCGCCUGUUAGAAGUCACAGUCACGCUGGGAUCCCCCUCUCGCUUUCCCCAUGUCUCAACGGCGAGCAAUGCUCUUUCCUGCGUGAGUACGUUUUUGCAGCAUCGUUUAGGUUAUUUCUAUUUUCCCUGCUGUCGGUGGCAGCUGGCUACCUUUCGGCAAGGGAAGGUUGAGGCCUCGGGGCUGGUAAUCCGGAUUAUCCCAGCAGCCAUGGAACUUUUUAGACUAUUCCUGUUCAAUGGUGCGUGUAUGAUAUAGGCCAUUCGUGGAAGAGGAUAUCAUUGAUUUCAUUGAUCCGGGCUCUAUGCAAAAUGCGUCAAACAGCGGUUUACACUGUGGGUUAUGGGCGGUCUAUAUAUUUUUCAUUUUAUUUUUGUCAAGGAAUUGAAUCGCAAAUGCAGUUGAGCAAACAGCCCUAACACACCGGCUUGCUGUCAGGCGUGGAUUCUUCGCAAAUGGUGGUAUCGAUAAAGGACUGCCAUGGUUCCUCAUGUAAACCAAUAGAGUGGUCAAAACCGCUGAUCAACAGAAGAGAUUGAACAGCCUCGAAGCACGUCAUUCAUUAAAAAACUGUGGAGUCAUGAGACCAUCAGCAUUGUAUGCACGCCUUCCAAGGGGCAUCCAAAGUAUCCAUUCAAAAUGCCACAUUCACCGAGAUCGCUGGACAUCAAACAAUAAAUCACUACACAACCGUUCGGGAUACCAAUGAGAGAAAACCUACGAUCUACGACGAGUUCAAGCAAAUCAAGAUUGGAGACGUGUACAUUGUCCGGGAUAUCCAUCACGACGAGUUUCCUCGAUGGAAGUACGAUCGGAUAAGAUUGCGCCAGGACCCGGCGAGACCAAACGCAGUGAGGACGAUAUCUGUUGCCGAGAUAGAUGGUAAACAGGGGAGGUUUACGGUCCUGUCUUACACUGGAUCCGGAGCAGCGGAGGUAUGGGAGGAGGACUUCCGACACGUUUUUCGAGGCCGAGACGCGAAGAACAUUCAACUCUUUGGUAUCAAUCGGUCGAUUUUCCCCAUGUUGCUCUUUCACAACGAGCUUUUGCCUCUCAGUCAUACGUGGGAUCAGCUCCAUGUGUUAGGACAAGCAUACUUCCAUUCACUGGCAGAGAGUUUGGGAUGUCAUAGAAGUGAGCUGUGGAUAGACUACAAACAAGGGGCUUUGAUUCGUGGAGUCGAGGGGCCCAACUGCUCUCUCAACUCUUGGAUCUUCUCUGGUGUCAAGACCUCGUCUUCAAGCGUCGAGCUUCUCCAAGCGGAUGUACUCUGGCGCUACUUAUCUCGAGUCGCGUUGGAAUGCGAAUUCGACGGAGAUGUUAUCUAUUUGUUCGAGAUACAUCCUCGCAAGUACGAUCAUUGCGUUGAUUUCAACCCAAAUCAACCAAUCAUUUUUUCGACUUCCGAAGGUUCCACCAUUGCGGUCGGAAGUGCAGUCUGGUUAUGUUCUAGGAACUGCCUUGGCUCUAGGGCGGUGAUGGCGAACGGGAAAACAAGAUUUACCCUCGUUAAUGACAGUGAUGAUUCAAUUUUGUUCUUGAACACCAGUACGUUAGACAGUGUUAAUGCUUGGCUCUCGCAAGCUUCUAGUGUUUUCCAUGCACUUGGUACCUCAUUGGACCAAGACCUAUCCAAAUACAAAACCAUCGUGCCGGACAUUCGAUUGAUAGGAUCGAUUGAUGACUCUGAGGUGGCACGGGCACGGCGCUCAGCAACCUCUUUCCCCAUUUACUUUUUCGUUCCCCCAUCCCAUCUUCCAGCACAUCAUUUCUGGUCUCACGACGAACAUGGGCGAACCCGCAUUUCGAGCAAGGAGUGCAAGUACCUUGGCCUUCCCACCAAGCUACGAAUGAAUGUGCACUCUCCUGACCAAUUUUCCUGGCCAACCAAGACAUAUAAAGACCUCCAUAGAUGGCAGGUGCUUCGAGGAUUCGACCCGAUCACCACCGAAUUCGCUAAGCACCUAGGUCAUCUCACUUUCGAAGUCUUACACCGGAAAUCAAGUCCAUUUGAAGAAGUUGGUGAAGAUGACCAGGAAGAUCUAUCACUAGAUCAGCUAUUUUAUGACAUUGAGUCCGAAGGCCUGUCAGCUUCAAUAGAGGCUGACCAACUUUCCGACCUGUCGACUACUAGUAGGGGUCAUGGGCUCGUCUGGAUUCUUACAGCUUUCUUGCCAACGUUAUUCUCAUAUCUCACUACAUGGGUCAAAGUCAUCACACAGUAGCACGCUUUUGCUGCGUUAUUCAACACGUACCAUCAGCAAAAAUACAC